CCAUUUUGAUCUACUCCCACAAUUGUGAGAGAAAUAAUUGUGUAUAUGAGUGCUAACUUGUGUGAAGGGUCUUUAAGAUGAUUUGCUUAUUUUAGGUCACGAGCAUAAACCCAACAGGAACCCAAGCAAAGUCUGGGUGGUGCUUACCGGAUCUUACCGGAUUCUUUGCAUUCACAGCGGUCUACACAUGGUGGUUUAUGUCAAAUCUCCGAGUCUUCCUUGAACACCGUACUCGAGCUCCCGGAGUUACAGUGAAUAGGCAUAUCUCAGUAACAGCGUCAUGCCGGGCAGCCAUGGGCUCCGUAUCAUGCGCCUAUUCCAAAAACUAUAUAAGGGGCGACGACCACGUCCUUCGUUGGACUUUUAAUCUCCAUCUUCUAAGGCGUAAAGGAACCCUCAUAAGACCAUCCCAACGCGAGAACCACUCCCACUGAACCUUCCUAAACUUAUCCGAGCCAUGGGCCCAUCCAUCAUGUUUGAGUCAUCGCCAGAAUCCGGGAAUCAAGACGGUCCCAUCGCCCGGCUACCAACCGAAAUACUCCUCAUGUGUUCCCGCUAUAUGGACCGAAACGAACUGAACAGCCUCAUACGAUCCUGUAGGUUCUUCCGGGACGCCCUAGGCGAUGAGCUACUCCGAGAACAUGCUCUGCCGUCAGAAGACUGCUACCGGGAAUGGUGUUCACAUGACAGUGAAGGGAAGACGCAUGAAAACAAGGGGAACAUCUCCGAUGAAGACCUGGAAAUGAGAGAUAGUUGGGAGAUGCCAUAUGAACCACUGGUAACAGCCAUAUCAGACGGCAAUCACGACCUCGUUAGACGGUUCCUAAAAUCCGGCGUGAAUCCCAACGCUUUGAGCCUAACUUCAUUCCCUAUGCUUCAUCUUGCCAUACACAACCAUCAUUAUGCAAUAACCGAACUACUGCUAGACUCCGGCGCUGACCCGAACAUCGAAUGUCGAGUCACUAAGAAUCUAGCAUUAGACUCCGUGACUCGAAGUUAUAACCAUGCAUAUGACUGGGUGGACUUGCUUCUUUCCCAUGGAGCGAAGUUCACCACAACCGAGACCUUUGAAUGGUUCUGCGAAACGGGAAGGGGAGAUUUCUUUUGUCGAGCAUCCAGAAAUGGAACGAACGUUAUUGAGCUAUAUAAUCCUAGACAUCUGUUUGGCUCAGGGAGACUGAUCCAUGCAAUGUCCCAUGCAUCAGCAAUGGUGAUUGAUAUUCUCCUGGAUAUAGAACCCCGCCUUAUGUUCGCAAUAGACGGAAACGGUCUUUCGUUAUUACACCUCGCUCUUGAGAAACUCAGACCAGAGGUUGCGUUGCGGUUAAUUGAUAGGCAAUUUAAGGUGUUCACUAGGAAGGAUCCGUUGUUUGUGCGUCAUGUCAAAUGUCUGUAUACGCGGAUUGCUAGAGCUUUAGAAGUCAAGCGAGAUUCGGAUCCUAUUUGGACUAGAAAUGCUGAGGAUCUGUUGGAUAUAUGUGAUCAGGAAGCAUGGGAAAAGGGUGUCAGUCAGCCUGAUAGGUGUAUGUGUAAUAGUUGUUGUUUUAGGCUCUUUAAUUAAGAACGUUCUUGCUGGCGUCUUUGCUGGCUCUUCAUGGCUUCAAGCAUUUUUUGCAUCAAUAUUACGAAAAGUCACUUCUGUCGAGCGCCUUGCCUUUCCAUGUACAUACCUUUGAGGACACCAAAGGGCCUGGUCAAUGAUGGUGAAUAUGGGACUAGCAAUCACGGUAUCUAUAUCGUACUUUGCUCAGCAUUAGUUAUCAUCGGAAGCUUCCUGACGUCGGUAUUCUAGCUUCACUUGUCAGUCAAUAAU